AUGCACGACGAGCAGCCCGAGUUCCACGAUGUGGUCGUGAUCGGCGCUGGUGUGGCGGGUUUGCGCUGUGCCAACCAGUUGGUUCAUGUGAAGGGCGUAAAAGACGUUCUAGUUGUUGAGGCGUCGGACCGUAUAGGCGGCCGCGUAAUGAGCAACACGAGCUUUAUUCCGGGCAUGAGUAUCGAUGUUGGCGCCGAAAUUCUUCACGGUGCUAACACAACGCUUACGCGACUGGCCGAAGAGCUUAGCAUUGGUCUGCGCGAGAUCUUCACUUGGGCUCAGGGUGAUGGUGGUCCAACCUGCCCAGCUGGAGACGGCGGUAUCGGCUACUACUACAUCGGCGACCAGAAACGAAUGCUGAAAUAUGACGAUGAAGACGAGGAGUUUGUAAAGUUCAACUCGUCUGUAGCCCGGUUGAGUGAAAUCGAGAACAUUGAUCGGAUCCCAUUCGAAAAGUCCAUGAGGGAUUACUUCGACGAGGUCGGUCUAUCUUCAUCGAUGAUGAAACUUUGUGAGGCAGGAUACGCCAACACGGCCGGUGGUCCGCUCGACGACAUCUCUAUGCGUGCCACUUGCCGGUACGAGAAGCAGUGGAUUGAGCUUGAGGAUGAAGGUGAUUACCGCGCUGUACCGAGUUUCAUGCGUUUUGUCGAGCACUUCGCCGACGGCGUCACGACCCGGCUCAACUGGCCCGUAACAAGUGUGGACUAUUCCCAGAGUGAUCGCAUUGUGGUUACUGGCACAUCGGGUAGGCAGCUAUCAUGCAGCACGCUGGUCGUCACUGUGUCCACUGCUGUGUUCUCCAAGAUCGCCUACACACCAGCCCUUCCUGAGAUAAAGAUCAAGGCUGCGAACUCGUUCGAUAUGCGUCGGGCUGGUAAGGUUCUGCUACACGUGUCUCGCCGUUUCUGGCCCGAAGAUGCACAUGGUGUCGUGUGCUCGGACUGCUUCCUGCCUGAGUUCUGGUUCAACAGCACACUGGGUAUCGGUCAGUUGAAGCCAAAUGGUGAUAAAUUGUGCACUGGAAUGGAAGCGAACAAACAUGAGGAUGGCAAGACGCAGUACCUUAUCACGGGAUUCGUUAGUGCAGCGUAUGCGGAUGCCUUCGUGGGUGUGCCGCAUGAGAAGAUUGUGAAGGGCUUUCUCGACCAGCUGGACAUGAUCUAUGGCAACGUAGACGAACCGCGCCCUGCGCACAAAUUCUUCGUCAAGGGCAUGUAUAAAGACUUCGGAGAUGAACCAUGGAUUGGUGGAGGAUACGCUUUUCCCCGCGUGAGUCAGUCAGAUUCGGCUUCACAAGACCUGGCCGCACCUAUUGACGAUCGUAUAUUCUUUGCUGGAGAAGCCACGGCUUACGAACAACCUGGUAUGUCCGUGCAUGCCGCAGUCGACACUGGAACUCGUGCAUCUGUCCAGGUUGCGUGUGCGCUUCAGGAGCGGUCAACAUAG